AUGGCUGAAGAAGGAAGACAAGAUCUUACUCCACAGGAAAAAGAACAAGAACGUCGUAAGAAACGACGUGAAUUGAGACAAAAAAAAAUCAUAGCUAAAGCUGGAGAUAGAUUGCAGCAGAUCACACAAACAUAUAGUUUGGAAGUACCACCGAAAAGCUCACCAGCAAAUAGCCAGCAGUCGUCUCCGACUUCUACCGAACCUCCUGCUAGACUCACCGAGAACUAUAAUGAUCUGAGUUCUUCUUACUCCACAGAUUUACGAGAGAAACCUGACGCACCAAAAGUCACAGUCUCCUCGCCUUCUACCUCAAAUGGUGAAACCACAUUCAGUUUUUCAUCUUCCCCCGACCGAAUAGGUAGCAGUAAUGACAGCAACUUCUCAACAAGACUCUCACAUCCAACACCGAUACAACAACCAUAUGUCAACACUACGCGAAGACGUUAUUCUACGCCCCCAUCACCCACCACCACUGGAACUACACCUCCAACCAGUGGAUUCGCAUCCUUUAAUCAGCCAACAGGAGAUGACAGCGACAUGGAUCAAGAAGACUAUUUUCGACAAAUGUUGGAGAAUUUUCGGGCUCGGAAUAACAGUACCGGCUCGCUAGCGUCAACAGUUGGAGGCAGUGUGACUGGUGAUAUGCCGUAUUACGUAUCUUCGUCAGUUGCUGAAGAACCGGAAACGGAAGAUCCAUCACAACAGUUAGAUCAAUUACCGUUCCCGUUCGCUAAUCUACCGCUGCAGUUUCUACCGCCAGGGUUCACGUUUCAAAUGACCGGUCAGGGACAGAGGGAGGUGGACGUCAAGAGCAAACUAUGGGAUUUAACACAUCUCUUGGUCAUGUGUGGGAUUGGGUUAUAUACCGUGAUGGAAGAAUUUUCCGUGGAAAAGGGAGCGUGGAGCAGGUUCGCGUCGUUGAAGAGAUCGGGUGAGAGUAUUGGAUAUUGG